AGCCGGACUGAGACUUGGUGUACGGAACGUACCUGCAUAUGGCGGACGCUCAGUUUGUGUUUAUGUCAAUAAGAGACUGAUUUUCGGUGGAUUUUCGUUUGCGCGGGUGAGGAUUUGUUAAUAAAUAAAAUCUACAGAAAGAUUAUGUGCGUGUGAUGCCAGUGAAUUGUGUGGUUUUGUGAUAAUGUUUUACGUCACUGGACUUCAAAGCAGCUUCAUAUCUUCAGUGGAUUUAUAAAGACAUUUAGUUGCUUACGGAGCGGGACCAAGAUGACGUUGAAGACCCUGACUGCGCAGAUCGGCGCCGGUAAGAUGCGAGAGCGGCGUCGCGCGCACCACCACACCGCCGUUUUGCUGACCGCCUGCCUCUUCUUCCUAUCUCAAGCCGACGCUGCUGAUCCGCCGGAAAUUACGAUACGGCCGCGGAACCUGCAAGUGCGAGCGAACGGCAUCGCCGCGUUCUACUGCGCGGCGAGAGGCGACCCCAUACCCAACAUUCAGUGGAGAAAGAACGGGAAACGAGUUUCUAGUAAGUAA